ACUGUGUGCUGCCCAAUCCUGGCUCUCCCUCUUCUGUCCUUUCUCACCUCUGUGUCCUCCCAGGCUGUCAAUCUUGAGAGUCCAGAGCAUCUCGGAACCAUGAAUGCAACUUGUAAAGCCCUCACAUGGCCUGCUUCAGUCAACUAUGUCUUCUUCACCUACUCCGUCUUGCUGCUGGUGUUGGGCCUGCUUCUCAAUGGCCUGGCACUCUGGGUGUUCUGCUGUCGCAUGCACCAGUGGACAGAGACCCGCGUCUACAUGACCAACCUGGCUGUGGCUGACCUCUGCCUGCUCUGCUCCUUGCCAUUCAUGUUGUACUCCCUGAGACACACCUCAGACACACCCGUCUGCCAGCUCUCACAGGGCAUCUACCUGGCCAACAGGUACAUGAGCAUAAGCUUGGUCACCGCCAUCGCCAUGGACCGCUAUGUGGCAGUGCGGCAUCCGAUCCGUGCCCGUGAGCUGCGGUCCCCGCGACAGGCUGCAGCAGUGUGUGUGGCCCUCUGGGUGGUGGUGGUCUCCUCCCUCGUAGUGCGCUGGCACCUGGGGCUGCAAGAGGGUGGCUUCUGCUUCAGGAGCCCCAGCAGGCACAACUUCACCACCAUCUUCUCACUGCUGGGAUUCUACCUGCCACUGGCCAUAGUGGUCUUCUGCUCGUUACAGGUGGUGACUGCGCUGGUGCGGAGGCCGACCACUGAUGUAGGGCAGGCAGAGGCCACCCACAAGGCCACCCGGAUGGUCUGGGCCAAUCUGGCAGUGUUCAUCAUCUGCUUCCUGCCACUGCAUGUGGUCCUGACAGUGCAGGUCUCCCUGGGCCUGAACACCUGUGCUGCCCGUGAUACCUUCAGCCGUGCCCUGGCCAUCACAGGCAAGCUCUCAGACGUCAACUGCUGUCUGGAUGCCAUCUGCUACUACUACAUGGCCAAGGAGUUCCAAGAGGCAUCCAUGCCAGCCAUGUCCUCUAAUAAACCCCACAAGAGCCAAGAUUCUCAGAGCCUGACCCUCACCUAGAAGAAGCAAGCAAGUGCCAUGGGCCAGAGGAACCUGUGAUAUUAGUCAGGACCCUCCAAAUCAUCCUGAACCUGUUGUGGGUUUUGAACACUCGAGAACACCCAGGUGGCCUAGAGAGGCUGCAUCCACUCCCCUGAAAGGGCCAGAGCACUGAGACUCUAAAGUCCAACUUGAAGGGCCCUGGAACAAGACCACAUACCUGCCAUCCCACAUCAAGAACCCCUGGGGCAACAGAGUGGGGCCUUGAUGGCCAGCCACUGAGUUCAUCUAGAGCUCUUCCUGGAGUCAGUCCUGGCAAGACCCUCGGUGGCACCCAGAUCCAAGUGGUGAGAGGCAAAGAAGGAACAAGGAGCCAGGAGACAUUAUCUCAGAGGACCCUCUAAUGGCUGCUUCCUUUUGGGACCUCCAAACUUCAUGUCCUGUGUAGGGCUGGGCAAGAGGGCAACAGCUGUGAUCUGGAAGUCUGUCCUCUAAGGCCCAUGGCUGUCGAUGCUGCUCUGGCUCUGUAUUCAGGAAGAUUCUAGCUCAGGAGACCCCAUGGUCACAAAGCCGCAUUUCAGCAGUAGCAUGGCUGUUGAAGUCCUGAGCCUCUUGGUGGUGUUUCCAUUGUAUAGUGGGCUUGUUGAUCAUGAGGCCGAUGGCUGUGGUAGUGGUCUGCUGGAGUUUGGCUGUGAGGAAAGUUGACAUUUGGCUUGGUACCUGCACUCUCUGAGGAUGUGGCCCCAGGGUGUGUGAAGAUAAGGAAUUGCCACAAAGCCAGUUCCACAUUUGGAGGUGUCAUAGCCUUCUCUCUCUGUGCUUUGUCUUUUGUCUUGGCCCAAAUGCUACAGUCAUACCCAGAGCCAGAGUUUCUCCAACUGGUGGUUGACCCUCCCCACUCCCACUUCAUCCAGUGUUUACUGCCUAAUUGAUGUCUGUUUUGUAUGACCUUUUCUGUAGAAACCAAGUCUGUUGACCCUGUAGACACUAAAGAAAGGAUUCCAUCCAAGUAUAGACUGGUGAAGCAGUUAACUGGCGUUGCUUACAAAAGCCUGGGACUCUCGUGUGGCUCAGUCACUGAAAAGGCCCACUUGGCCUAGGUGACAAUCACAAAGGCUGCACUGCUAGACUACCAAUUCCUAGUGUACUCACACCUCAUAUACACCCCAGACAUUUGUGCCAGACUCGAUGCAGCUGGGAGCCAUGGCCUGGACCCCAGGUCCACUGACCCUGUGUCCCUCUAAGUGGGAGUGUUAACAGCUUCAUGACCGACAGUAAUCUAUUUACCACAGUUGUAUUGUGCAUGUUUCAUUGCCGUGCCUGGGGAUCACAGCAGCAGUUUCCCUGUUCAUGGCUGAUGCUCGUCCUAAGCUGGAGGAAAUGGCUUUUCUACCUCUCUCAGCCACUCUUCCUUCAGUUCUUCCAUUCUUUCCACCCUCUCUUCUGCAAUAGUCUCUGAGCCUUCACCUUGUAAGGGAUGAUGUAUCUAUAGAGUGUAAAAGUAUAUGAUAUAUACAUAUGUACCUAUGGUUCCUUUCCGAGUAUUUGCCUCUGGACGACAAGAACAGACACUUAUUCUAAGUAGCUUGACUGUCAGAGGAGAUAGAGCACCAGAAGGGGAAGGAACAGAUCAUUUGGGACCCCUGAAGCCACUCUUGGUGUGUAGUAGGAGGUUCCCUGCCCACUGAACCAGCAGAGCCUUGAUGAAGACAGAACUCUACCCUCCUCAAGUAAACUCAGCUUUAUGGGAAAAUCCCAUGUUCCCACAGGCUAGGCUUAGCCAUCUGUCCUGAUGGUGCAGAAGGAUGGGCGGAAAGUGAAGGACAAUCUUGGCACAAAAGCUGCAAAAGUAUUACAGUUAAAAAAAAUAAAUGAUGAGACAGUGAUAUGGCUCAUCUGGCAAAGGUGCUUGCAACCAAGCCUGAGAACCUGACUCAAGCCCUGGAACCAACAUGGUGGUAGGAGAGAACCAUAUUGUACACGUUGUCCUCUGACCCCUGGACUUACCCCAAAUCAAUAAACAAAUGCUAAAAAUAAUAUACUAGAAAAACUUGUUGGCAAAAGGAAGGCUGAACCUCAUACCACUCCUGGCCAAGGCCAACUAGAACUGGUCAGGGCCAGUGAAGUAGGCACACUCCAGAGUAUCGGAAGGUAACCUGUGACUUAUUAAAAACUGCAUUUGACAGAAAUUCAUGAGAAAGCCCAUGCUAUACAAAUAACUUUCCUAAAGCCCAAUCUGUGUAUUGGUUAGUUUUGUUUUAGUCAGUCAGUUAGUUAGUUUAAAUCAGCUUGACACACCUUAGAGUCAUCUGCAAAGAGUGAACCACAAUUGAGAAAAUGCCUGUGAGACUGGCCUGUAAGUAUCGUGGGCUCUACUCAGAAUAGCCAGAAAUUGUAAACAAUCUAUGUAUCCCUCAACAGAAGAAUGGAUAAAGAAAAUGUGCUACUUUUACAUAAUGGAGUAUAACAGCCAAGGCUACAGAGAAACCCUGUCUCAAAAAGCCACACACACACACACACACACACACACACACACACACACACACAAAUGGCAUUAUGAAAUUCACAGGUAAAUAGAUAUACUGAGGCCUGUGAGAGAACAACAACCAAGGACUUUAGAACUCAUGGAAUGCGGCCCACCUGUUAGCACAACCUUGAUGAAUGUGCCUGAGGAGGCAGAGCCUGAGGACUGUGCAUCCUGAGGACCUUAUGGUGUUGUGGAGCAUUGUUCUGCUUGCUGGCCUCUGGUUACCACAUCCCUCAUAAUGUGUGAGUUGUGCCCCUUACUGGGCAGUAUCAAAAUAAUAAUGCUUGAUCUCUUUCAGGCAUUGUUGCAGGAGCGGAUUAAUGCUUCAUCUACCACCCUUGGAAAGAACCUAGAGAUGCAGAUUGUUAUCAGUGACCACUACCCUUAGAAAAAAUUUAGAAAAAUAGAUUGUUUAAUAAGGCUAGGCAAAGGUGUUUCUUGUCAGUGGCUCUGAUGUAGAAAAUCUUGAGGACACAAUCUGAAGUUCAGAAAAGUACACUCUUAAUGGUUGAGCUAGGGACUUUUUGAAGUUAGGGAGCAAGGACAAUAGCUCAAAUUAACACUAGCUGACGUUAUUCUCGCUGAAGCUGAGCUUUAAGGUGAACUUUUUGUACCCGUUUUUGCCCUCAGCUUCAUGAUUUAAUAAAAAUUGUUAGUGAGUAGAUGUGCACCUUGAGGAUUUAAAGUAGAAAUGGCUGAUUGUUUUUUAUAUCAAAGUUUAGAUUUGUGAUUCUUUUUAGAUUUUAAAAGAUUGCUUUUAUAAGCUAAUUGAUUCUUUCUUUGUAACCGCAAAUUACAGCCCAUAGAGAGGAGCCGGGUGCGACAGACCCUUGCCUGCCUACACUUUGUUAAUCUAUAACAAGUUGUAUAUGGGUCCUUGGGAAUAAUUUGUUUUCACAUUUGUUUUUUCACCCAUAAUACGUGAGGGCAUUGAGGAACAUGUAAGUAAUCAUUAACUUGAAGAUGGAAUGUAGCCACACUGUGAUUUUUGUAGUGCUUGAAAGAUUUUGCUGAGAUAUAUAAGCUGCAGAGAAAAAAAAUAAAGUUAUAGGCGCCUGUGAAU